CUUGCCCACUCACGACCCCCACUUGCGGACUCGACCCGACUGUGGCACAGUGAUAUGCCUGACCCUAUCAUAUUUUAUGAUAUCCACAACACGGCGGCUACCGCGGAGGCACGCGCCUGGUCCCCGAACACGUGGAAGACGAGGUACUCCCUAGGCUUCAAGGGUCUACCCUUCAAGACCGUAUGGGUAGAGUAUCCUGACAUCGCCGCGCUCUACAAGCGCCUCGGAGCGACGGCAACGUCUACGAAUCCCGACGGCUCACCAUACUACACCCUCCCAAUCAUCCAAGACCCCUCCACGGGCGCGGUGGUCUCCGAUUCGUGGAAGAUCGCCGAGUACCUCGACGCCACCUACCCGGGCACGCCGCGACUGCUCCCCGCGGGCACGGCGACACUGCAGUCCGCGUUUCAGGCCGCGAUCUGGUCCGCGGCGACUCAGCAUCUGGCAGAUCUGAUGCAGGGCCCGACGAGCCGGCUGCUGACGCCGCGCAGCGAGGAUUUCUUCCGGAACACGCGCGACGUCGAGGGCAGGUCUACGCGGCGCGACGAGCGCUGGGAGGCGGCGGAGGCGGGGUUCAAGCGCAUCGCGGCGUGGUUCGACAAGAACGGCGAGGGAAGCCGGUGGGUGAUGGGCGACACCGUCACGUUUGCGGACUUUGCGCUCGCGAGCUGGAUCAUUUGGGUGAGGCAGGUGGACGGACACGGGGAUUGGCAGAAGGUCAAGGCGUGGGAUGGUGGACGUUGGGUCCGCUAUGUGGAUGGGCUCAGCAAAUAUGCCGUCUUUGACCAAGGGCAACUGUACUGAAACAUCGCGGUGUA